CACUAACAGGAACAUCACAGCAAGUGCUCAGGAAGCCCAGUGCAGCUCUACACUGCAGCUAAGCAAAUCAACCAUACUAUCAGGAAGGAUUUCCAAAAAAGGAAAACAUUGGUUUGCAGUCAAGAUGAAGUGUAUACUUAUGCUGCUGUUGACAUGCGCCCUACACUUUACUGAAACAACUAAAAUCCCUUGGAGAAAAGACACUUCUGCUCGAGAAAAGGAUAAGUGCAUACUUGACAGAAGCGAGAAGAGCAAGAACGAAGUGUCAGUGACAGUCAAUGGACUGAAAUGUUUACCAUGGAAUAUAUUAUCAAGCAAAUACCCCUCCUUCAGGAACUGCUAUCAUAACAACUGCAGGAAUCCAGACAACAGGAUUCAGCCAUGGUGCUUUGUGAAGAGAAGAAACCGUUAUAUUCGGCAAUACUGUGACAUUUCCCUGAGGGAAUUGAAACCAACCACCAUGAGUCCACCCACAUCUGACCCACCUAAGCAGGACACAGAAUCGACGUGUGGGGAGCGACGCUUGAACCGCCUUACAAAGAUUAUAGGAGGAUCAAGGUCAACUGUUGAGUCACAGCCUUGGAUUGCAGCUAUCUUCAAAGGAGAGGGAUUCAUUUGUGGAGGAACUCUUAUUUCCCCAUGCUGGAUCCUCACUGCAGCCCACUGCUUCCCUGACGGUAAGAGAACACGCAUAAUGAGAUACUCGGUCUAUCUGGGAAAGAAUGCCAUCAAUGAAACAGACACUGUCAAAGAGCAGCGGUUCAACGUGAGCAAACUUGUGAUCCAUGAGGACUACGAUUACAAAGUUGAAGACUUCAAUAACGACAUUGCUCUUUUGAAGAUAGAGGGCAGCAACGGACAAUGUGCAGUGCAGACAUCUUCUGUGAGGACUGCAUGUCUUCCCCCUUUCCAGCAGAUGCUUCCCACAGGAUUCUACUGUGAGAUUGUUGGCUAUGGAAGACAGGGUGGCUUUGAGUACUCUCGAUAUCUGAAACAAGCUCAAGUGAGGCUUAUUUCCCAGAAUGAUUGCCAGAAUAAGUAUUACAGCAAGGAUGAGGUCAAGGAAAACAUGUUGUGUGCAGCUGGUAGAGACUGGGACGAAGAUGCUUGCAAGGGCGACUCUGGGGGGCCUCUGGUGUGUGACAUAAAUAACACCAUGUUCCUGUUUGGUAUCAUCAGCUGGGGAAAAGACUGUGGAAAAAAGUUUAACCCAGGAGUUUACACAAAAGUCAGCAAUUACAAUAACUGGAUCUCACAGCAUACUAGUUUGCCCAAGAAAUACACAGCAGGUUCCAGGUAUCCACAAAAGGAUUAAUUAUGACAGGGUCACUUUACACAAGAAAUGUGAGCAGUGUUCAGAUGCUUAGCCACUCAGGGUAGAAUACGUGCCAAUUAUUUAGACUAUUUAGAUUAUAUAUGGCAGCUACUGUAUUUGAUAGGAAACAUUUUUGAUAGUGUUAUAAUAACCUUGCCUGAUUUACUGAAUAGUGAUACCAGUGUUUAGGUGUAUGAAGGAUAUAAUGAGGAUCUAUGUUCAGCUUUUGAGAACUUCAGAUAAUGUAUUUUGUCUUUUUGUAUCUUUUCCAAACAAGUUGGUCUAGAUGUAAAUGACAUGGACACUGGUCCAGUUAGUAGCAGCAGCUAUAUAUACAUAGAAGGAGAAGUGUUUCAGAAUGGUAGAUUUUUACAUUUAUUACAAAUAUGUUUUAUUGUUGCUUUUUAUUAUACACUAUUUAAUAUUUAAUUUAUUGCAAUUACAUAUAUAUGACAAAUGUAUUUAUUUAUUUUUACAUAUGUAGCUGAUUGUAAACCACUUACCUUAAUACAAAAGUGUCCUUCUUUCCAUUUUUAUGACACACCAUUGUAUUAAGACACAUUUUAUUUUAUAUUAAACUUAAUUCAAAUCUC